AAUACGUACUUCUUAAUACUAUCUUAGAAUAACCAUCUACCGUACGUCUUUGUUGGUGACCGCAGGAAACCGCAACAACUGCCUUACCUAUCUACUCCAAAUCGUCACAGCGCUCCUUUUGUGCUUMUCCAACCUCCAACAAGCUCUAACCCAUACAUUGAAGUGACAAUUCGUGUCGUUAUCAAGAAUCACUGUCCAUUCGUAGUCCAUACCUGGCAUUCCAAACGUAAUUAGCGAGACGGAAACGCAACAAAUCAACUCGAUUCGAACAGCAACGCUAGUGAGAGUAGGGGAGGCGAAGCGGCGGCUACCUAGUAUCUAUAUACUGUGUAGAAGGACAGGAUCRUUAGUGACAAAUUGUCUUUCUAGCAGCAUCUACUGAUACGGUAGGAAUACGAUUGGAUAGGAACUCCGAUUGUGGCAUCCCGCAGCCGAUCCUACUCUACUAUAUUUGAUCAGCAACUUACCCUGCAACUUACUUCUACUGGCUAGCAGUAGGAAACCUACAAAUAAACGAAUCGAGAAUUGYACMGCACAAUGAACCAUUACCACCACAACAUGACUGGUAGUGUCGCAGGAGCCGUAGGAGCUUCUGUUCACCAACAUCACCACCAACAACRUCAGCUUCCGAUCGCCCCCCUCCCACCCAUGGCAGUCGGACAAAAACGGAAGCUAGUUGCCUCUAACAGCGCUUCAGCAGUGACCUCGGUAGCCGAUCUCCAAUCGACCACAGUUGGUCCCAGAAACAACAUCAGCACUCAGAUGCCCAGACGAGACACGGCUCCGGCCAUGAUUAAGACCCACUCGGGAUCAUCUCUCCCUCCGACCACGCCCGUUCCCUCGAUGUCUCCCUCAGACUACUGGAAGGGACUUCUAGGCGAAUGGAACGUUCCCAUUCUGGACACAGUUGGCAUCGAACAGGAUGAUACAGGUGACCGCGUCGAAUUUCUUGAGACGACUCCGGAUCGGAUCGAAGCCUACCAGAAUAUCGAGCUUCUGACGGCCGUUCGGAGGAGGGACUUGGCCACUCUCAAAAGGAUAGCCUGCGACAAUGCAGCCAACAACUCCACCAUGAACGCUUGCAACCGGUUUGGAGAGAGCAUACUGCACCUGGCUUGCCGAAAAGGCAGCGUGGACGUGGUGCAGUUUCUGGUCGGGACGGAUCGAGGCUGCAACUGCAGCCUGUUGCUCCGAGACGAUUAUGGCCGCACGGUGCUGCACGAUGCCUGCUGGACCAUCAGCCCACCCUGGGUGCUCAUCAAGCUUAUUUUAAAGAAGGCGCCCGUCUUGUGGCGGGUUAGCGAUGUCCGAGGACAUCUGGCCCUGCAGUACAUUCCAAAGAGCGCGUGGCCCCAAUGGAUGUCCUUUUUGACCAAGAACAAAGAGUUGCUGAAGCGGGUCAUGAUUCAUUCGUAUCACCGCGUCGAUAUUGCGCAGCAACAAAAUYACGUUCCACAGAAUCCUCCACAAGGCGAUCAGUCUUCUUCGCACGCUCCCGUUGCUGUAGUGGGCUCCAAUCCAAUAGUCGCCAACCACUCGUCUUCGACGGUGACUUCUACGUCCGGAGGCCUUCCCCAGCAUCAUCAACAACAGACAUCGCAUCCUCUUCAACACAAUUCUCACAACACUAUACCUAUUGCGGGUGAUCGGACCAAUUCUAUUACUGGAGCAACACCGGCACUGCCCCUAACGACUGCAAACCAUUCCCUUUCAGCCACCACCGCUCCGGCCUCUGUUACUGCGCGGCCAUCUACGAACUCCGUGUCGAUUUCGGAGAAAGCGCAUGCCGUCUUGGCCAAGGCCCUAUCUCAGGCSAGCCCUGCAAUGGUCCAGGCUCUUUCUCAGGGUGYCCAAGCACGGCAACUGAAGCAGGGCGUGCAAGCGAUACCACCAGUAUCUAGUGCUUCUCACACAGAACCAGCAAGACAACAGACYGCARAURCAACCGCACCACCUCCGCAAACGCAUUCCCAAACGAUAAUAAAGCAAGAGCAAACUUCCGUUGUCUCCCGGCCGAUGGCCACUGCAUCURGCGCACCGGCACCGGGACCCGCGACGGCUGCUCUCGACGAGGCACUAAAGGCACAGGCCGAGAUGCGGGCUCAAAAGAGGUGCGAGCAGCAACAGGUUUCGGCGGCACCRAACCUACUACCCCACAAACAGGAGCAACCAACACAAGAACAGCAAUCGCCAUCGAAGCAGGCCCCACUGCCCUACGCUCCGUCGAUCAGCAUGAUAGCGCAACGAUUGGCUGGAUACAAGAAGGCAACCACCAUCAAAGAAAAGCAACUGAAACCACCGCAGCAAAAGCGCAAGGCGGUACAMCACCCUUCGCAUGGAGAAAACGGGGAAGCGCAAGCUUCGGCAGAACCCAUYCUCAAUCCUCUCCCUGCGGUUCCAAAUCCGCUGCUGACCACYAGUGAAAACGAGAUGGUUCAAAACGAAGAACAACUCGCAUCGCCAUCUGUACUUCAGUCCUCCAUGGUAUUUUCUACCGAUAGACCGACUGCUGCUUCCGUMCCGAAUCCCAUCAUCGUGGCAGGGCAGGAAACUUCGUCGUCGAUUCCUGCUGCUUCUACGGUCGAAAACUCUUCGGAAGAAGCUACCGCUGGAACCGAAGCCAAGAGUAGUGGUAAUCCUUCCAGUAGUUGUUCCUCCUUGACCAUGUCGGCAUCCCCCAGCGAGAGGGAACAGCAAGAAACGUCAUCGGAMAACUCCGAGACCACCAACAGCGAUAGUACCAAUGCAGCCGCUACGUCACAGAAGAAAGAUCCUCAAGAAGGCACCGAAAUCAACCAUAAUGAUGAAAAGGAUGGAGAAAGUUCGAUGUCGGAUGCCGACUACAACAAAUCCGACCUUUCUGAAAGCAAAAAACGGGUUGUCGGUUGAGCAGUUCUCAACCGCAUUCGUGGAAUGUGCUUCURAUCGCUUUGCCUUUUGCAACUGGCAAACUCAAAAUCAAAUCGCAUGCAACAAAAGGAUGGGUUCACUCUGUGUUAGCAUCACCAUACCUUACCGCGACUCUUGGACGAGCGAGGGAACGAAGAACCGAUGGGUUCUGACCACAUGAUCCGAGUACUACRAAAACUACGUUUUCCAUCAUUUGCUGUCCGGGACGAAUCUAACGGGUAUAACGUUUAGGAAAGAUGAUGUKUUUCAAGAUGAUCCUCUCUGUACGUCCCGUUUUUCUGAGGUCAAAYGAGCAAGUGAAACAAAAUUAUUUCCUCCGACAAAAUUGAUUGAGAUAAUGAUUCUAAAAAUACUUUAGAUUAAUGGAGAAUGUUCGUUUUUUCACAUGUUACGGCUUGUAUGCCAUUACUGCAAUGUUUCUCCGGAACCACAGAGCGGUACAAACAUCUUUCUCUACAUCUAUCUCAGCACGAGCGAAGAUGUUGCAACAGUCCGAAUCGUCAAAAAAACAGUAUGAUUAUAAAAUAAUUUAAUGCAAACACAAGMUUUCCUCGUACAGGAUGUUGUAAGGAAUGCAAGCUGCAAACGUUACGUUUUGUUCCAAGUAUUGAGCAGCAAAAAGAAUCACUGAGACAAAACAUGAAAACUGUUCGUGAAUACUGAAAUGGAUUGGGGAACUUAAAUAGACAGCUCGAUUGUUUUGKUAAGGUGAAUGGAACCUUCGAGUGCUCCUCUUCUCGCUCGUUAUGGUCAACUUGAUCUCGAUUGGUGGAGCGAAGAAGGCAUCACUACCAUGCAAUAGAWAAAACAUGGAAAUUUUUCUCAAGCUUCUUUCGAMGACCCCAUUGCUUGCUUGCUCGCCGGGUUAUCAAUCACGCACAAACCCCUUCAACGUUGAUGGCGAAGGGAAUGGAAACUGCGCAUACGCUCCAUAAUUCUAUCUGUGUAUAAACGACACUGGAUAUUGGAAUCGUCCUUGUCUUUUAUCUUCUGUUCUACCUGUUGCCUSGGUUGAUUUUUCCGCCUCGUCGAGCAUAGGAUGAUGCUGCCGCUCCUCCGCGAACAUAUCCUGUUCUCGAUCCAUGGGAUGACUGCCCAAAUCUGUGCUCGUCGCUUCUCGAAGUAAUAGGUGUCGGGCGUUUCUUCAACGUCGUUGAACCGGCAGCUGGCACUGUGGGUUCUACUCCGCCAUCUUGCACCCAUGAAUCCCCGCUUGUUUGGGUGUCGUYGCUGAAGUUGCUGCUGUUGCUGUUGCCAGACUCAAGCGAGCCGCGUUGGUUGUCUUGAAUGUUUUUACUUCCAAUCACCACCCGUUCCUCCAAUCCCGUGGCGACAUCUUCAUUUUCCCAAUAGCCUCCGCCGGCAGCAUAAAAGUCAGAUUCAUGAAUAACCUCAACAUCUUGAG